GCUCCAUAAAUGAUUGGAAUAUAAUUUUAGAACUAAUUCAUAAAUAUGAAAGAGCAUCCAAUACAGUGAUAAACAAAGAAAAGAUAACUUUAGCACCAUUAACUACAAAUGUCCAGAAGAUAAAUUUGACGAGUGAAACAAACCUUAACAAAAUAAGUGAAGAUGGAAAUAUCAUAGUUCUAGGAUAUACAGUAGACACAAGAGGAAACUCAAAAAAAAACUUAUGGAAAAAUAUGAUAUCAAAAAUAAAAAAAUUAACAGAGAAAUAUUCGCAACAAAACCUGUCUUUCAAAAGACGUAUCUUGAUUGCUAAUUCGCUCUUAUUAA